GAUGACAACAUUCUCGUCACGAUUUACUGUCAUUCUGCUCAUCAUCUUUUAUUAUUGCGUGACGAUCGCAGCUUAGCAACAUUUGGAAAGCCGCGAAUGUGUGACAGCAAAUAAUUCAUACGAAACAUUUCCACCGGAUGUAACAAAUAUCCGCAACUAUUAUUACUAAUAUCAAGGACAUUUCCCAAUUUCUCUUUUUCCCCGUAGGAAUAAUUCAUUUGGGUAUUUCCUUAAAAAAUAGAUUUUUAUCAAGAAACGUUGGAUCCAUCAAAAAAGUUCAUCGUCCCAACGUUGACGUCUAUUUCUAACCUAUUUAUUAUUUUUAGCACAUCGACUGCAGUCGUACUCGCGUUAACAAGCCGAUCAUGUUGCUAAAGGAAAACGAAUUAGUAUUCCGGGAUUACGAGUGGACCAGCUGCACGAACGGCGACAGCACCAAGGUCUUGCCCAACAGUAACGUCCAAGUAGUUUCGCCAUUUUUCAGUUUGGACAACUCGGCAGCAGAGAAUCGUGACGACUACAACAGCUUCCGGUUCGGCAUUCGACUAUUAGGUAACAGCAUCAUCUUUGAUAAAUUCCAAACGGUCGUCUAUUUCUACGCCCACAAACUGGAGAACGUCGACAUAAGAGCUGUCGAGUGUCUUGUGGCCAAUGGAAGUAAAACGGAGCAGACGAUCCGCUUGCAAACCAAAUUCCCGAACACAAAAGUCAUCCGAGUGUUUAGGAGCGAAGAAUUUCAAACGUACGACCACCUUUCCGACAAGGGAAUUUCCCUCAAAUUCCGCGUUUACAUGGCCAACAACAACAACAACAUCCGGACGCAUUUGCGGUUCGAGUUGAGGGACGCCCAUUUCGGUCAAGAAAUGUGGACAGCUGCUCAAAAAGGACAAAUGACGGACUGCGAGUUUGUUGUCAGGAGCCAAAUUUUCUUGGCCCAUCGGGCGAUUGUAGCGGCCCGUUGUCCCGUUUUGGCCAAUUCACAGCGGGUCGACGAUUGCAAUCCGGAAUCGUUCAAAGCUCUGCUUUAUUUCAUCUACACCGGCUGUUUAUUACCCGGAAUGACGACCGUCGAUCGACGACAGUUUGACGAUCUUGCCAAUCAUUUUCAAUUGGCCAUCCGAUCAACGAUUGCCGAUCAAACGGAUGGAAUGACUCGACUAUUUAUGGCCAUUCAACCGAAAUUAAAGUCACGUGAUCAAUUAGCCGUGGAAAUCAGGGAAGAUCACGGAAGAGUUUCUCAGGCCGGAAGAGGUCUCUGCCUCCGAUUUGAUUACGUCAGGACAUUCCGAUCGGGCGAAUCUGUGACGCCGGAAGUGUUCCGGUUCGAUCGCAAAGGUUUUUUCGGCGUGACACUGACUGAGAAUCCGCACAAAAACGGACACAAUUACCAACUGACUUUUUCCAGUUACCACCUGGUCAGUGGCUUCAAAUUAGUCAGCGUCACUUACGACAUCAAAGAUGGCCGCUCUUCUUCUUCGACACCUUGCAACAUGACGAAAAUGUUUGAGGUGGGCGGAGGAGAUGACGAGACGUUGAAGGUUUUCCGCGAAGGAAUUUCGUUGCCCAAACAUUCCGACUCUAAUCAUUGCCCCGCCAACGUUCACGUGAAUUUCACAGUUCACCUGGCGGAAGUGGACGAUGGCUGGGGCUACCGUCUACACGAUCCCCGUCUGCCGGCUCAAUUCUGGUCAUCUGCUAAACGAGAAAUUUCAACUGAUGUUCAAUUACGUGUGGGCCGUCGCUCAUUUGCAGCUCAUCGGGCGAUCCUAUCGGCCAGGAGUUCGGUUUUCGCCGCCAUCUUGAAACGCGAUGAAUGUAACGACAGCUGGAAUAAUGAUAUUGAUGAUGGACGGUUAUCAAUCAUCGACAUUGGUGAAGAUCUGGACCCGGAUGUCUUCCAAGACUUUCUCGUCUUCGUCUAUACGGGCAGGUUGAGGACGACGGAAAACAUGGCCGAGCUGUGGGCCGCCGCCAACAAGUAUGACGUCAAGACACUGGAACGAAUCGGCGAAUCGGCCAAAGGCAGGACGGCGAUGGAGGAAUUGUGCGUCACGUUAAUGUCAAGUCUGUGAUAUUUAUUCGUGUUGUAUGAAAAUAUAAUUAAAUUUGAUUUAA